UUCACAAGGAUGUAAUGAAAGGAAAGUUAUUUCAGAAGUGUACACAUCUUUUGUACUGCAGUGUACUGUCUCUGGACGGUAAUGUAAACACAAGACGGUGUCAAAGCCUGGCAUGGGAUCCAAAUUUCACAUAAAUAAUCAAUGAAAUAUUCUGGUCAUAGUUAUGCUGACGGUGGAUAAUUUUUCCUGGAAUGAAUCUUCCCUCCCUUUCAUCUCCCUUCCCUCCCCUCCACCUCCCCAUCCUUAUCUUUCUUCUCCUCCUCCACCAACAUGUUCUCGAGGUGGGAGGACACGCGAGGCUGAUGGAUCCUCCGUCCAGAGCCUCAAUGUGGAGACUGGGAUAUGAUAAUCCGGCAGAUUUCAACGAUCAUCAGGGUUACUGUGGAGGAUUUAAGCAUCAGUGGGGUCGGUUGGGAGGAAGGUGCGGGAUAUGCGGAGAUCCGGCAGAUUCAUGGCCUAGGCAUCAUGAGGCCCCUGGUGGUAGGUUUGCGAACGGUUUGAUUACCAGGAAUUAUUCUCCGGGAGAAGAUAUCACAGUAAAGGUUGAUGUAACAGCAAACCAUAAAGGUUACUUUACCUUCAAACUCUGCUCUAACAAUAACACUCUACAGGAUCCCAGACAAGACUGCUUUGACAGAACCAUUCUCCAGGUGGUUCCUAGCGGAGAGAAGAGGUACUACUUGACAACCUUUAAUACUGGAGUAUUCACGCUUAAACUUCGGUUACCUUCAGACACGUGGUGCACACAGUGUAUACUACAGUGGACAUAUACGGCUGGGAAUAACUGGGGUAACUGUGACGAGGGUGGGACGGGGCUCGGCUGUGGUCCACAAGAAACCUUCCGAGCCUGCUCAGAUAUAUCUAUACUUGGUCAGGCUCGUCUUAACCAACCCUUCCAGCUCAACCCUCUCAAGACGAUCACCACCGAGUCACGGGCUCCAGACGUUCUUGUUGAUGAUCUAUUCAAACUCAACUCAACCCAAUCCUCGGAGAACGCUAUCGGAGAUGAGAGCUCCGGGUCUAGGAAACCUAUUCCGUUUCUUAUCAGGAACACAACAGCUCUGGGUAUGCCCAUAUCGAUUGGUUCUCUCCGAGCGGUUGAAACUCCAUCAAUUCCGUCCUCGUUCAACACAUUCCUACAUAGGCUCCCACCUCCACAGAGGUUCGUGUUCGAGGCUCGUCAGGUACUACCUGGAGAUGUGGUUGAUCCUUAUGAAUAUUUACGUUCUCUCUUCCGUGGAGAAGAUGUUCUUUCGACUAAAGAGAUGCCAACCUUUGCAGUACCUAGAGUCUCAGAUUCAACCAGAGAAACUUUCGGAGUUCAUAAACACGGGGGGACAUCCUACACCACCAGGAGUCCUCAAGGAUUUAAUCCUUGGUUGAAAACGAGUCAAGAAAAAUCAACCCGUCCCACGGCCCCUGCUUCAUUAAUAAACCGUCCUACAACUCCCUCAUCAUUCUUCGGUAGUAUAGGACACUCCAGUAAAGGAGAAGACGAAAAUAUCAUAAAACAACCUUUACCCGUUGGUAUGCUUGGAACACCUGUUCCAGACUUUUUACAUUUCCUUGCAAACCCUGCUAGCAAUCCGUCUUCUAGUCAUGAUAACCUGGCAGUGUUACAAACAGCUGGAAGAAGUGUAAUUAAGCAGAUUGAUCAGGAUAAUUAUCAAACUAGGUUUGUAGAAACCAAGACGUUGUACACUACAAGGGCUCCGAGCUUUACUCCGCUACCAGCUGUCCCUGAUAACUUGAUGCCUGGAAUAGAUCUAGAUCCAAUCCAGAGUUCUCCGUCCUUCUCCUUCCAACCUGCAGUUCCCGUUAACUCUAGGAUACCCAAGUUUGAAACAAACAUUGAUCCUGAUGAGAGAGAAAACAGGUUCACUAGUUUCACAAGUUCUCAAGACUUAAGCUUUGACCGUGACAAGGAAGAAGCUUUAAGGGUAUUUCGUGAAAAACUCAUAGUCGGAAGAAAUUCAGCAGUUAUGACUGAAAAUAAUGAUCUUGAUCAAUCCGAAGCUCUUAGGAAAUUACGCGAAAAGCUUAUUGCCGGGAGAAAUCUGGCAACUACAGCUGUAAAUAGUGAUCUUGAUCAAUCUGAAGCUCUCAGAAAACUACGUGAAAAACUGAUAGCUGACGGAAAUUCAGUUACAGCAACAGAGCAGGAACAAAAUGAUUCUGAAACACUGAAAAAUCUACGCCAAAAACUCUUGGCUGGCGGAACUCCUGCAAUUCCAUUGGAAGAAACUAUGGUUGAUCAAUCGGAAGCAUUGAGAACUUUGCGUGAAAAAUUAUUGGCUGGCGCCACACCUGCGACCUUUCCGGUGGAACAUCCAACCUUAUCUCCGUCCAGAGAAUCCUUGAUAAAUGCUGAAACUGAAAGAGGGGGUAUACUGUCUGUGGAGAAAAGUAAUUUUGGCCAGCUCUCCGUAACCCCGACGGAGCAACCGAGAUCUAUUUUUACAACCGUAAGAUCUCCAACUCAGCGUGCCAAGGUAUUGAAUAUUCUUCAACAAUUACUUAUUUCAAGACAAACUACUACUAUGACAACAACAACAUCACCGCCAACAACAACUACAGAACCAACAACGGCAGCAAGGCCACCUAGCUUGAGGUUUGAAGAAUUUAACCUUCCUUCGAUUCGAAUGAUUCCGGUGGAUUUAACCCCUCCUCCUCUACCCCCGAACGUGACUCCCGGUACCCCCAUUCAUCCUCAUUCUCCGUUCCCGUUUAUAGAACCUCCACAAAGAGAUCUGAUUAGUUCAAACCUCUUCUUACCUGACAGGUUAGAGAUGGUUACCCCGUCCUCAACUCUUUAUCCAACAUCUCCCUUUCAUAAGAUUGAAGCUCCGAAGCUGAAUCUGGAGUUUCAGGAUCCGUCCCUGCAAUUCUUCCCAACUCCAGGAGGAAGUCCAGACUUUUUAAACGGAGUUUUAUCCGAUCCAGGCUCAUUGGAUGUUCCACGGAGAGCUGAUCACCCUACACAAGAACCAAGAGGAGGAAAAGAACUGAUAAACCACAACGAUUCUAAAUAUUUCACUCCACGACCAGGACUGGAAGCUCCACCUUCUAUUUAUCCUGUUCCUAGAACAAGAAUGAUUGCUCCGAAGUCCCAACAAACCGCUCUGUUUCGGAGAUUAAGCAUAGAUGGACCAACAGAGAGCAGUCUUACUCCACUUGAAAUAUUGGCUAAGGAGACGGUUCCUAAGUUUAAACCGGAUACCAGCUUCUUUGGUACACCUAGAGCUGUAGCUGAAGAGAACCAAACCCCGUUAGAGUCCAUCCUAUCAGAUUUGAAGGGUUCCAAUACUGACUAUAUAUUCAAGGAUACGGAUCCGGUUCAGAGAACCCGAUAUCAGAGACAGUUUCCAAACAAUCCACCAGCUCUCACUUUUCAAAAUAAUUUACCAAAAACUCAAACAGAGAUAAAUCCAUCCCAUGAAGAUAAACCUAAAAGUCCAAUAAAUACGCACCUCAGCCAGUAUGAUGAACUACCCGGAGUUAAGACUGGAACCACAGCAGUAGGUCUGGUAGAACAUAGAGAUGGAAACCAACCUCUGUUUCAUGUUCCUAUCUUUACAACUCCUAUUCCAAAGAACGGCAAGUUUAUAAAUCUAAACUCUAACCCCCUGACACGGAUUCAGAAAGCAGUAGAAAACUUCCAAUCCAACCUACCUUCUCCAAUAGAGGGAUUUAACGCAGUCAAGAACGCAAUAUCCAACUCUCUAGGUCUACCCUCUAUUCCAGUUCAAGGUGGUACCAGAGCCUCAGCCAUAGUUUCAAACUUUAAAGAGGUCCCACGUCCUCAUCCCACUCAGAGAAGUGUUAUAGGUCGUCCCCUAGAUACGUUCCCUCGGUACACCAAGAUGUCAAACUAUGUUAACAGUUCAAGUCCGGAUAAUAUUCCGGUCCUAGUUCUAUAUAUUUCUACCUUUAUAUUGGGCAUUAUUUAAACCAUUAUGAUAACUUAAACAUACAGUGAUAGCCAGAAAACUCUGAAAUAGGAAGACGACUUUUAGACUCGAGUUCUGACUUUAAAUAGUCCAAGGAUCAUGAAACACCGUAAUUGUGCAAUGUAGACAGAUCCAUUUCACAUACUUAGUAAUAAGUGUCUAAUAAAACUAUUGGCUUUGUAACAACACAACUUCUUAUAAAUAUAACUAUAAAGCCGUCCUCCUAUUUUGGAGAUUUCACUGUACUUACAUAAAUUCUAUUUCAAACUGCAAUAACUAUAUAAAUGCAAAAUCUAAAUCAAAACUGUUAAGUUUGCUUUAUAAAAUACUCUCAAUAGCUCACUCGUAAACUCUGUUAAAUGUUCAAUGUUACAU